AUGGAAAGAACUUCUUUACUAUCUAUCACUAAGGCAUACAAGACUGCAUCUACUGACUCUCUCCAAGUACUUGCUGGAACAAUUCCUCUAGAUAUGGCAGUAAACAUAGAAGCUCAACUUAAUAAUAUUUUUCAACAUGAAGAAGAACAUAUAAUCUAUAAACCAAUACCUACACCUUAUAUUUAUCAUCCGGCUGAAGAAAUUUUACUUAAAUAUCAACUGCAUUUACCUACUUAUAAAGGACUAGAAUUAUUUACAGAUGGAUCAAAAAUAUUAGUUAACAAUGAGUUUAAGACAGGAUGCGCUUUCGUGGCCUAUCUGGAGGGAGAACCUGUUGAAAGAAAAACCUUUCGCAUCUCUGAUCACGUUUCCGUGUUUAAGGCUGAAUUAUGGGCCAUUCUCCAGUCGAUUCGUUGGCUUAAAGAACAAAGAAUUACAGACAAUAUCUCAAUUUAUACGGAUUCCCUGUCUAGCCUGCAAGCUUUGGAAAGCAGCAACUCUAAAGAGUAUUUAGUCCACUUAAUAAAACAAGAAUUCACAAACAAUAUCGCUUUACAUUGGAUAAAAGCACAUGCAGGCCAUAAGGGCAACGAAGAAGCUGAUAGGUUAGCCAAAUUAGCCUGUGAGAGAUCAACGGUCGACCUGUUUGAAGAUCCUAGCAGGCGGACUGCAAGAAAAACUUUGGAACGCGAAAAAUUGAUUGAAUGGCAGGAGAGAUGGAGUGACAGCUUCACAAAGGGAAGGCACACAUUCGAGCUCCUCCCGAAACNACUAGGAAAAAUUGGGCUUGGAGUAUGGUACAAAAUGCAACAUGUGCAGAGGUGCCACAUAUCUGACAAGCUCAAGCAAGAAGAAGAAGAAGAAGAAUAUUUUCGAAAUUCUCUUCAUCUUUACUCUGAUCCAGAUGAUUAA